AUGAUAAAUCAUCUAUCGAAGUAUAGUCAUACCUAUCGCAGUCGACAUCUAGCUAUCUCUUUUUUCCAUAUCUAUCUAUCGUAUCUACGCGUCUCUUCGUUCACGUCUAUCUAUCUAUCGUAUCUACGCGUCUCUUCGUUCACGUCUAUCUAUCUAUCGUAUCUACGCGUCUCUUCGUUCACGUCUAUCUAUCUAUCGUAUCUACGCGUCUCUUCGUUCACGUCUAUCUAUCUAUCGUAUCUACGCGUCUCUUCGUUCACGUCUAUCUAUCUAUCGUAUCUACGCGUCUCUUCGUUCACGUCUAUCUAUCUAUCGUAUCUACGCGUCUCUUCGUUCACGUCUAUCUAUCUAUCGUAUCUACGCGUCUCUUCGUUCACGUUCAUUCAUCUAUCGUAUCUACGCGUCUCUUCGUUCACGUCUAUCUAUCUAUCGUAUCUACGCGUCUCUUCGUUCACGUCUAUUCAUCUAUCGUAUCUACGCGUCUCUUCGUUCACGUUCAUCUAUCUAUCGUAUCUACGCGUCUCUUCGUUCACGUUCAUCUAUCUAUCGUAUCUACGCGUCUCUUCGUUCACGUCUAUCUAUCUAUCGUAUCUACGCGUCUCUUCGUUCACGUCUAUUCAUCUAUCGUAUCUACGCGUCUCUUCGUUCACGUCUAUCUAUCUAUCGUAUCUACGCGUCUCUUCGUUCACGUCUAUUCAUCUAUCGUAUCUACGCGUCUCUUCGUUCACGUCUAUCUAUCUAUCGUAUCUACGCGUCUCUUCGUUCACGUCUAUCUAUCUAUCGUAUCUACGCGUCUCUUCGUUCACGUCUAUCUAUCUAUCGUAUCUACGCGUCUCUUCGUUCACGUCUAUUCAUCUAUCGUAUCUACGCGUCUCUUCGUUCACGUCUAUCUAUCUAUCGUAUCUACGCGUCUCUUCGUUCACGUCUAUCUAUCUAUCGUAUCUACGCGUCUCUUCGUUCACGUCUAUCUAUCUAUCGUAUCUACGCGUCUCUUCGUUCACGUCUAUCUAUCUAUCGUAUCUACGCGUCUCUUCGUUCACGUCUAUCUAUCUAUCGUAUCUACGCGUCUCUUCGUUCACGUCUAUCUAUCUAUCGUAUCUACGCGUCUCUUCGUUCACGUCUAUCUAUCUAUCGUAUCUACGCGUCUCUUCGUUCACGUCUAUCUAUCUAUCGUAUCUACGCGUCUCUUCGUUCGUAUCCACGCGUCGUCUAUCGUUCAUCUAUCAUUCAUCGUAUCUACGCGUCUCUUCGUUCACGUCUAUUCUAUCUAUCGUAUCUACGCGUCUCUUCGUUCCGCGUCUCUUCGUUCACGUCUAUCUAUCUAUCGUAUCUACGCGUCUCUUCGUUCACGUCUAUCUAUCUAUCGUAUCUACGCGUCUCUUCGUUCACGUCUAUUCAUCUAUCGUAUCUACGCGUCUCUUCGUUCACGUCUAUCCAUUCAUCUCGUAUUACGCGUCUCUUCGUUCACGUUCAUCUAUCUAUCGUAUCUACGCGUCUCUUCGUUCACGUCUAUCUAUCUAUCGUAUCUACGCGUCUCUUCGUUCACGUCUAUCUAUCUAUCGUAUCUACGCGUCUCUUCGUUCACGUCUAUCAUCUAUCUAUCGUAUCUACGCGUCUCUUCGUUCGUCAUUCUAUCCUAUCGUAUCUACGCGUCUCUUCGUUCUCAUCUAUCUAUCGUAUCUACGCGUCUCUUCGUUCACGUCUAUCUAUCUAUCUAUCGUAUCUACGCGUCUCUUCGUUCACGUCUAUCUAUCUAUCUAUCGUAUCUACGCGUCUCUUCGUUCACGUCUAUCUAUCUAUCUAUCGUAUCUACGCGUCUCUUCGUUCACGUCUAUCUAUCUAUCUAUCGUAUCUACGCGUCUCUUCGUUCACGUCUAUCUAUCUAUCGUAUCUACACGUCUAUCUAUCUAUCGUAUCUACACGUCUAUCUAUCUAUCGUAUCUACGCGUCUUUUCGUUCACGUCUAUCUAUCUAUCGUAUCUACACGUCUAUCUAUCUAUCGUAUCUACGCGUCUUUUCGUUCACGUCUAUCUAUCUAUCUAUCGUAUCUACGCGUCAUUUUGUUCACGUCUAUCAUAUAUAUAUAUAAGACAAAUGGGAAAGUUUUUUUUUGCGAUGCGUUUCAUUCCUUAG